AUGUCUGAUUCGGACAACACCCCACUACUGCCCAAAAAAGACCUGGACGAGAACGUGGCUGGGAACCACCAGCUCGACAGCAUAAACCUCGAUGAGAAUGUUACCUCCAACGAUGACAACCUAGACCCGACAUUGGAUCCUAUGUUGGACCCAUCGUUGGACGACAACAUCGACAAUGAUGCUUUACACAACCUCACUUCUGAGCCCAACGAAUUCUUUGACACAAAUGUCGACAGCGAAAACGGUACGCAAAACGAAGCUCAAAACGAUAAGUCUCUACAAGAUCUACCCGAGGAAUCAAGCGCGGCGAACUUGGAAAAUGGGCCCGCAGAGUCGAAGGCGGUGGAUUCGGUGGAGGAGUCAACCUCCGAUAAUAAGGAGACAGACAAGGAUCAAAAGGAGUCUGACAUGGACGUGGACGAUGACGAGCUGACAGCUUCUAAAGAGGAUAAAAUCAACGACGCGUCGGCGACUGUCUCUGAGAAAGUAGGAGAAAGCGAUGCCGCGGAUUCAAAAAUGGCAUCUAUGUCAGUAGACGAGGAUAAUCUUGGUAAGAUUCUGUCAUCUGCUUCUCCUGAGGAAUCCGCAAAAUCUGACGAUAAAGCUAAAAUAAACAACACAUCCCAAGGGAAUGACAACGAUGACGUGGGCGAUAAAAAAAGCGAGUCUCGAAAACAUGCUCCUCGCAUAGAAGAUGAUGAACCCGAAAUCAAAAAAGAAGGAUCUAUUGUUGUUGAAAAGCAUGGUGACUCGGAAGCUGAAGAUGAUGCCUUCGAUCAAAAGUUGGGCGACUCGAGUGAUUUAAACACAGAUGAUAAAACUAGAAUACGCCAAACGCAUGCUAUCUUCAUACCCUCAUACGCUUCAUGGUUCAAUAUGAAAAAGAUUCACCAAAUCGAACGCGACUCAUUACCUGAAUUUUUCAACACUUCGCAUCCUUCUAAAUCCCCAAAGAUAUACGCCAAUUACAGAAACUUCAUGAUCAAUGCUUAUCGCUUGAAUCCUAACGAAUAUUUAACGUUGACAUCUUGCCGCCGUAAUCUUGUCGGUGAUGUGGGGACAUUAAUGAGGGUACAUCGAUUUCUCACAAAAUGGGGCCUUAUAAAUUAUCAAGUUAACCCACAACUUAAACCUGCUUAUGCUUUAGAAAAGUUACCAAAUGGAUCCCUGGUUGGACUACCAUACACUGGUGACUUCCAUGUACAAUACGACACACCAAGAGGGUUGUUUCCCUUUGAUACUUACAAAGUCAACCCUGAAAAUGUGAAUGCCGAGAAACUCAAAGCGCUUCUUGCAUCCGAUAAUGGUAUCAAUGGCUCGACAGAAAAUGGUAUUGAGAAGAAUGAAGGGAAGGGGAGCCACGAAGAACCCGUUCAAAAGAAGCGGAAAAUUGACGAUGAUGAACAGUGGUCCAAUGAGGAGCUUUCUCGACUUGUUCUUGGAAUCAAAGAAAAUAAGUACGACUGGUACAAGGUGGCCAAGAAAGUCGGUAAUGGUAAGACACCGCAAGAAUGCAUACUCAAGUUCUUACGAAUGCCUGUUGAGGAUAGGUUCAAUGCUAUCGACUCGAAGGAUAGCAGCAUCCUCAAGUAUGCCGCCAACUUCCCUGUGACAUCCACCGACAACCCUGUGAUAAGCAAUCUUAUCUUCAUGACGAAUCUUGUCGAUGCUGAUGUUGUAAAGGCCGCCACAAGUCGUGCUUCUCAUAUGUUGGACGAGAAAUUCUUUGAAAGAGCCGAGAAAGCGCAAGCCGCCUCUGUCAAGAGGGAGAGAGAUGAAAAGAAUGACAGCUCCGAAUCAAAUGGAUCGGCUGUCUCUGAAGUUAUAGACCCUACUCUUGGCGAUGACUUGAGAAAGGCAUUUGAAACAUCAGACUCUGAUAAUCACACGAGGGAUGCCGCCGUAGGUGUCCUCGGAACAGUUGGCGGUCGUAGUCAUUUGUUUGCGAACUACGAAGAGCGUGAAAUGCAGCGAUUGACUUCAAGCAUUCUUAAUCAAGAGCUUACGAAACUUGAUGUGAAGAUGAACAAAGUAAAUGAACUCGAGAAGAUCUUUCAAAGAGAAAGAUCAAACUUGUCUCGCCUUCAAAGUGAGAUUUUCUGCGACAGACUAGCGUUGACCAAGUCGACGGUUGGUAUCUCCAAAAAACUAAAUGAAGCCCUCGAAGCGCUCAAAUCUGUGAAAGCAGACGGUGAUUCGAAGCCUGAUGAAAAGGUGCUGAAUAUUGAAAACAUCAUCAAGGAAGCACAGUCAAUGCUCUUUAAGCCUACCAUUCUGAAUGUCGAAGACAGCAAUUCGAUGAAGGAAAGUAAAGAUCAGUCAGAGGAGAGCGAGGCCAAGGCAUCGACUGCAGAGUCUGCCAUUAAGCCGUUAUCUGUCGAGACUCCACAGUCAUUCAAACUCUGGGUGCCAUAA